AUGGGGAGAGCUGUUUGGGUAUAAAAACCAGCGUGUUAGAAGGGGUCAAACAUCACGCGAAAUACUAUAGCAGAGAGGAACAAGGAAGAUCUCUACCUGAAUAAAAGCACUUCCCAUCUCACUGAGCAAUGUCUGGAAGCCUGUACAUUGUUUUGAUUCUACUCGAAGCAGUUCUGCACGGAACAGUUUCUGGUACUGCUUCCUCUUUAAUGGAACAAAGUUCUACAACAGCGAAUGUAUCUUCAUCCCGUACCAUAACUGAUUCAGAUACUACUACCUCUGAGCCUGCAACAUAUACAAUAACCUCCUCUGUGACUCCAGAGUCCAUUUCUACAAACCCAGGUACAGUGAACCCUGAGACCAGCCCCCAGACCAGCAAUGAAACCAGCCCCGAAACCGUCCCCCAGACCAGCCUCCAGACCAACCCCCCUGACCAAGGACAACAGGAGGGUUUAACCGCAGGCGAGGCAGCAGGAGUAGCAGUAGGCACCAUUGCCGGGGUGGCUGCGCUGGGUGGAGGGAUAUAUGCUGGUUUGAAGUUCACUGGGAAACUGGGCUAACCAUUCACCUUUAUAUUCUUCAUAUUCAUCAUAUCCUCCACCACCUGGAACAUGCUCAGGGCAGGAGACCGUCUGUUCUUCCAUAGAAGAGUGAUGGAUUUCUACAAGUUCUGUGACAUGGCCUGCAGUAGAUAUGCAGUCAUACACACCUUUUAAAUGAAAAAUUUAAUGCAAUAGAUUUUAUACAAAUUAAUUUUAUUUGUAACAUUUUGUUCGACAUAUUUUAUAACUGUACAGUCAACAUUUUAUUCAUAUAUAUAUAUAUAUAUAUAUAUAUAUAUAUAUAUAUAUAUAUAUAUAUAUAUAUAUAUAUUUGUCAUUUGUCAGUAUCAAUGUUCAUUAUCCUUGCUUUCUCUAUGUCACCAUUUCAUUCUUGUUUUACUGAUCGAUGUCAGGUUCAAAUAAGAAGUUUAUGAUACGCCAAUUUAACCAUCACACUGUCAACAUGUAGCAACUGUACAUGCUCCAUUACGUGAACACUGGAGAUAACGGCAGGAGAUAACAGGGUUAAUAAGUGUGUGUGUGUGUGUAUGUGUGUGUGUGUGUGUGUGUGUGUGUGUGUGUGUGUGUUAGUGUGUCCGUACAGUCAUUUGAGUUUAGUGUAAUGACGUAUGAGCAAUGAUGUGAGAUUAGAGCAGAUGGUAGAGCACCUCUCUAAAUGGACUGUAAAUCAAUAAACACUGUUCCUCUUAAACAUGAAAAAAGCAGAAAACAAAAAAGGAGGGAUUUUAUUUCUUCUUCACUUAUAAACAGAUCAUUUCCAAACUCUUUGUUUUUUUCUAUUCUGAUGAAUAAGCACUAGAAUAAACUAGAUUAAAACCUG